GGCCGGUGCCACGGUCACCGGAUCCUUGCCUUAAAAUAACGGCCUUGUGUGGCCAUUCCCUUUCAGAAACUCCACUUUCUUUUCUCCAUCAUCUUCAUCCUCAUAAUUCAUUCAUUCAUACCCUUCUCUUUUCUCCCUCUCUCUGUAUUACAAAUCUCAAAAGGCUAAAAAGUUAGAGAGAGAAACUCACCUACAGAGCAAUAAUUCACUUUUUUCUUUCCAAGUAUCUUCCUAUCCUUCUCUUUAUUGCCAGCUCGUCCCUCCCAUAACACCCACUUCUCAUCUUUCUCACCCCCCUCAUUACUAUCAACGAGACACCGAUCUCAGUUGACUCGUGGAGAUUUUAGAGACCAGAAAAUAGGAAUUUGGCUUUUUCUGAAUCAUUGACAAAAAAGGCUUUCUGGCAAUGUCUAGCUCUGCAAAAUUGGAUCCUGCAUUUCAGGGAGCGGGUCAGAGAGUAGGGACUGAAAUUUGGCGAAUCGAGAACUUUCAGCCCGUUCCAUUGCCAAAGUCUGAAUGCGGAAAAUUCUACAUGGGGGAUUGCUACAUUGUCUUGCAGACAACACAAGGCAAAGGAGGUGCCUAUCUCUUUGACAUACACUUCUGGAUUGGGAAAGAUUCAAGUCAGGAUGAAGCUGGAACAGCGGCUAUAAAAACUGUUGAACUUGAUGCAGUUCUUGGAGGACGUGCGGUGCAGCACAGGGAAUUGCAAGGACAUGAAUCUGACAAAUUCUUGUCUUACUUUAAACCUUGUAUUAUACCAUUGGAGGGUGGUGUUGCAUCAGGAUUUAAAAAGCCCGAGGAAGAAGAAUUUGAACCACGGUUGUAUAUCUGUAAAGGAAAACGAAUUGUCAGAAUGAAACAGGUUCCUUUUGCCCGGUCAUCACUGAACCAUGAUGAUGUAUUUAUCCUGGACACUCAGAGUAAAAUUUAUCAAUUCAAUGGUGCAAAUUCCAAUAUCCAGGAAAGGGCCAAGGCCUUGGAAGUAAUUCAGUUUUUGAAGGAAAAGUAUCACGAGGGGGUGUGUGAUGUUGCAAUUAUUGAUGAUGGGAAGUUGGAUACUGAGUCAGACUCAGGUGAGUUCUGGGUCCUCUUUGGUGGUUUUGCUCCAAUUGGCAAGAAGGUCAUUAGUGAAGAUGAGGUUAUUCCUGAGGCCACUCCUGCUAAAUUUUAUAGCAUUACUGAUGGACAGGUGAAGAUAGUAGAGGGUGAACUUUCCAAAUCCCUGUUGGAAAACAACAAAUGCUAUCUAGUGGACUGUGGUGCGGAGGUAUUUGUUUGGAUUGGCCGGGUAACACAAGUGGAGGAGAGAAAGGCAGCCAUCCAAGUGGCUGAGGAAUUUGUCUCUAGUCAAAAUAGGCCAAAAUCUACACGUAUUACCCGGCUUAUUCAAGGUUAUGAGACACGUUCAUUUAAAUCCAACUUUGACUCUUGGCCCUCAGGCUCUGCGGCUCCUGCCAAUGAAGAAGGAAGAGGCAAAGUAGCAGCUAUGUUGAAGCAACAAGGAGUUGGUGUCAAGGGCAUGACAAAAAGUACUCCUGUAAACGAGGAAGUCCCACCUUUGCUUGAGGGAGGUGGAAAGAUGGAGGUAUGGCGCAUCAAUGGCAGUGCCAAGACACCAUUGCCUGCAGAGGAUAUUGGUAAAUUUUAUAGUGGAGAUUGCUACAUUGUUCUGUCUACGUACCACUCUGGUGAUAGGAAAGAAGAUUACUUUUUGUGCUCUUGGUUUGGAAAGAAUAGCAUUGAGGAGGACCAAAAGAUGGCUACUCGUUUGGCUAACACUAUGUUCAACUCAUUAAAGGGGAGACCUGUUCAGGGUCGCAUAUUUCAAGAUAAAGAGCCGCCGCAAUUUGUUGCACUUUUUCAACCUAUGGUGGUCCUUAAGGGAGGUUUGAGCUCUGGUUACAAAAAAUGUAUUGCUGACAAAGGUUUGGUGGAUGAAACUUACAUGACGGAUUCUGUUGCACUCAUUCGGAUAUCUGGAACUUCCGUUCAUAACAAUAAGACAGUGCAAGUUGAUGCAGUUGCAACGUCAUUGAACUCUACAGAGUGUUUUAUCUUGCAAUCAGGCUCUUCAAUUUUCACCUGGCAUGGAAAUCAAUGUACUUUUGAGCAGCAGCAGCUAGCUGCAAAAGUUGCAGAGUUUUUGAAGCCUGGAGUUGCUCUGAAACAUGCUAAAGAAGGAACAGAGAGCUCAUCCUUCUGGUUUCCCCUUGGAGGGAAACAAAGUUACACCAGCAAAAAAGUUGCUCUGGAGAUUCUCAGAGAUCCUCACUUGUUCACAUUCUCAUUCACCAAAGGAAAGUUUCAGGUAGAGGAAGUUUACAACUUCUCUCAGGACGAUCUGUUGACAGAGGAUAUCUUGAUACUUGACACGCACGCUGAAGUAUUUGUCUGGGUUGGUCAGUCUGUAGACUCCAAAGAAAAGCAAAAUGCUUUUGAAAUUGGCCAGAAAUACAUAGAGAUGGCUGCAUCCAUCGACGGGUUAUCUCCAAAUAUACCACUAUACAAAGUCACCGAAGGAAAUGAACCGUGCUUCUUCACAACAUACUUUUCAUGGGAUCAUUUAAAAGCUAUUGCUCAAGGAAAUUCAUUCCAAAAGAAGGUGGCGCUGUUGUUUGGGAUUGGCCAUGCUGUAGAGGAUAAAUCAAGUGGGAAUCAAGGAGGAGCAACUCAAAGAGCUUCAGCUUUAGCUGCCUUAUCUUCUGCAUUCAAUCCAUCUUCCGGGAAAUCAUCCAAUGCGGCUCUGGAAAAAUCCAAUGGGUCAAAUCAAGGAGGUCAUAGGCAAAGGGCUGAAGCUCUAGCUGCCUUAAACGCUGCAUUUACUUCAUCCUCUGGAACCAAAUCUGCUGCUCCCAGGUCAUCUAUCGCAGGUCAAGGAUCACAAAGAGCUGCGGCAGUUGCUGCUCUUUCAUCAGUACUUACUGCUGAAAAAAAGCAAUCACGUGAUCCUUCUCCUACUCCAUCCAAUAGCAGUCCUCCACCAGAAACUAACCCCACUGAGAUCCCUCGAGAAGUUCCAUUAGUCAAGGAGGCUGUGGAAGCUGCAGCUGUAUCUCAAAACAAUGGGGAGGAUUCUGAGCCAAAGCAAGAGACAGUUCCGGAGGACAAUGGUAGUGAAAGUGGUCAAACAUUCACUUAUGAUCAACUGAAGGCAAAAUCUGAUAAUCCAGCGACUGGAAUUGAUUUGAAACGAAGAGAGGCUUAUCUGUCAGAUGAGGAGUUCCAAACUAUAUUUGGGAUGACCAAAGGAGCAUUCUGUAAAUUGCCAAAGUGGAAGCGAGACAUGCAGAAGAAGAAAGUUGAUUUAUUUUAGAGACCAAGCACAUUAAAGAGAGAGUUUUCCACCUACUUAUGGUUCUUUGUUAUUCAAUUAUAUUGAUCUCACUUCUAAGUUGGGUAUCUGUGGUUCAUUGGUAGAACAUACCUGGUUUGCAAUGUCUUAGCCCUGUGCUAUUUGCCCUUGAUGAACACAGCUGUGAUAGCAUCGGUAUUGUUUGUGAUGGCAUCUGGAGAGUGAUUCUUUUAUUUUAUCCUUUGAAAGUGCUGCUGCCUUUUGUAAUGGUCAGUCUCACAGAUUCUAGUUUAAGAGGCUUGAGGCAGGUCAAAUUCUUUUAUUUGGUUAGUAUGUAUUCCUUUUUGUGAUUAUCUGACUGUUGUCUCAUCUUUUAUUUUGUUAAAAGGGGGGGGGGGGGGGGGGGGGUUGUAUAUCCAAGUGCAUUUGCAUUCAGAUUCUAAGCCAAAGAAUGGCAAUUUGUCGAUUGCUUGCGAUUUUUGAGUUUUGUACUGAUACUGCUGAAUGUUGUUCUCUUCGGUUUUUAUGCAAUACAUGAUAAUGUUGAGUCUUUAAA